AUGGCUGUCGGCGGCUGUUUCUGCGGGAAUAUUCGAGUUGAAUACAAUGGCCAGCCUAUAACUUCGGCUAGUUUACCCAAUAAGAUCCAAUCAUGCGGACUGUGCCAUUGUCUCGAUUGUCGCAAGCUUACUGGGUCACACUAUUCAUACAGUUUUGUCAUCAACACCGCAGAAUUGAAAGUCUCUGGAAGCCCAAAAGAAGUCCCAAAAAUAUCGGAUAGUGGGAAUGCGGUCAAGAAUUAUUUCUGUCCUGACUGUGGCACUCCCCUUUAUGGACAGAAGACUAAACCUGACGGAGAGCCUAAUGACGUUACAAUCAUUCGAGCAGGAAUUUUUGAUGACAUCCGCAUUCUGGAUGAAAGGAAGCCCGAGGCGGAGUUAUUCUGCGGCAGCCGACUGAAGUGGAUGAACCCCAUCGAGGGGGCUGCUCAAUUUAGUGGCAUGCCGCCAUUCCUAUAA